CGUGAAUUUAAAUGUGUGCAGCUUUUGUCGGAUGUAGCCUUCCGUUUGAGAGACUCCCAUUGAUAAGCUUUGUUGAACUGAAAAAGACUCUGAAUGAGGAGUCGACUCCCCUUGAUGGAAUCGAUUCCAACCUUUGGAAUCGACUCUCGAUUCCCAACGCCCCGGAAUCGAGGAAUCGAUUCUUUUUGGAAUCGACUCCCAGCCCUACUGUUCCAUUUACGUGUUCUCCGAGUGCUAAAGAGGAGCCUCGCCUAGCCUCUGAAGGAAGUGACUUGGAAGGACCAGUCCUGCCAAGGAAGUAUCCUUGACAUUGUUAUUAAAAACUCCACAUUUUACCGCAAUAUAGUACAGACAUGUCUCAGUGCGGUUCUUCAAAGGGAAAGAGUAGUGGUCUGAACCAGCACUAUGAAGAGAAGGUGCGUCCAUGCAUUGACCUAGUGGACUCUCUCAGGUCAUUGGGUGUUGAAAAGGACCUGAACCUGCCAGCUAUUGCUGUCAUAGGUGACCAGAGCUCGGGAAAGAGUUCUGUGUUGGAAGCCCUGUCUGGAGUGGCCCUGCCUAGAGGAACAGGUAUUGUGACACGAUGUCCUCUGGAAUUGAAACUGAAGAAAAUUACAAAGGACAAUAACUGGCGUGGAGUGUUGUCAUAUAAGAAACUAAAAGAAGAAAAGGAAAAGAUUCUAAAAGACCCAGCGGAAAUAGAAAAUGCUGUCUUACAUGCUCAGACAGUACUGGCUGGAAAGGGUGAAGGGAUCAGUCAUGAUAUGAUCACUCUGGAGAUCCAGUCCAGUGAUGUUCCUGACCUCACUCUCAUCGACCUGCCAGGCAUUGCUAGAGUUGCCACUGGAAACCAGCCAUUAGACAUUGAGGAACAAAUAAAAGAUCUAAUUGAAAAGUUCAUUAAAAGACAGGAGACCAUCAGUUUGGUUGUGGUCCCUGCAAACAUUGACAUUGCCACCACUGAGGCACUGCGGAUGGCAUCGAAAGUCGAUCCAACCGGACAAAGAACUCUGGGUAUUCUGACUAAGCCAGACUUAGUGGACAAAGGCAUGGAGGAGAUGGUGGUCAGAACAGUCAAUAAUCAAGUAAUACAACUGAAGAAGGGAUACAUGAUCGUUAAGUGCAGAGGUCAGCAAGACAUCAAUGACAAACUUAAUCUGGUCCAAGCCCUGGAAAAAGAAAAAGAGUUUUUUAAAGGAAAUUCUCAUUUCAGGGCUCUUCUUGAAGAUGGAAAAGCUACGAUACCCCUUCUUGCAGAAAGACUCACAAAAGAGUUGGUUGAACACAUUGCUAAAACACUGCCACAGGUGCAGAAACAACUUGAGAUGAAAUUAGAGAAGACGUCUAAGGAUCUUAAAAUGCUCGGAGAUGGAGUUCCUCUUGAUGAAAAUGAGAAGACCAAUUUUCUGAUUAUGAAAAUUCGCCAGUUCAAUGAUGCCCUUGAAGGAGUAAAGAGGGCAGAAGAAGAUCUGAGAAACUCAGACACAAGGGUCUUUUCCAAAAUCAGAUGGGAAUUUGGAAGAUGGAAACUCGCCCUGGAUUCCAAAGCAAUUAAGACGGAGGAAAUCCUCAGAGAUGAGGUACAGGAGUAUGUUAGGACUCGUAGAGGAAAGGAGCUUCCCGGAUUUGUGAGCUAUAGAACCUUUGAGACCAUUGUCAAGAAACACACUGAGGAGCUAGAGGAGCCUGCUUUAAAGCUGCUCAAAGACGUUAAAGAACUCGUUCACACCUGUGUGGACCAUAUAGUUAACUCUCAUUUUAGUGCCUUCUCUCACCUGCUGAGGGCUGCUAAAGAUCCAAUUGAAGAUUUUCUCGAAGAGCAGUUUCAGAUAGCUGAGGAGAAAAUACAUUCUCAGUUUAAGAUGGAGAAAAUGGUCUACUCCCAAGACGAACUUUACAGUAGCCAGCUAGACACUGUAAAACAGAAAUCCUCAACAGGUUUUGGGCUAAAGGCAUCAUUUGUCAGUGCAGAUGUACGUGAGAUGUCAUACCAUCUCACUUCCUAUUUAAAGAUUACCUGUGACCGUCUGGCUAAUCAAAUUCCACUGAUAGUCCAGUACCACAUGCUGGACCAAUACAUCUCUCAGCUUCAGAAUGCAAUGCUUGCCUUGAUUGGAGGGAACAAUCCAGGAAUGCUGCUCCGAGAAGAUUCUGUUGUUGCACGUAAAAGGAAAGAACUGAAAGAUAGGCUGGAUCGCCUGAAGAGUGCUGGCAAAAUCCUGUCCAAGUUUGUGCAUUCCGCAUAAUUGUGUGUAGCACUGUCACCUCACAGCAAGAAAAUCUCUUGGCUUGAGUCACAGCUGAGCUAGGAGGCUUUCUCUGUGGGGCAUGUUCUCCUCAUGUUGCUGGUGGGUUUCCUCCAGGUGCCCUAGUUUCCACCAGAGGUCAAAGCCAUAACUGUUACUUUAGUUUAAAGUAGACAUUAAAUCAAAAUUGCCUCUAUUAGUUUUCUUAUUGCAUGUUAUUGGUUUUAUUAUUACCAGUACUUGUACAUUAUGACCUUGUGUUAUGGUCCUUGAACAAACUGCUUUUUUGUUUUCUUUUCCUGUUACAAGCAUUGGGAGAAUGGAUGGAUGUUUUCUUUUCUGUCUUAAACCAUUCCAUUAAAAUAAAAAAAAAAUUAAGAA